CUGUGAAAUGACCUUGUACGUCAUAAAGCCAACAUCCGGGAGCCUGUGCGACUGUCUACACGCAUGCGCUGUAGGCUGUGUUUCGACCUCUGUUAACAGGGAAGAAGCGGAGAGAAAGAGCCGGGUGUUUUAUAAACUUUUAAGCAGCCGGUGAUACAGCAGAUAUAAUGUAUGCCUGUGCGAAGUUCGUCUCCACGCCUGCACUGGUGCGUGUUGGGUCCCGGGCUCUAUACCGACCCCUCUCUGCGGCUGUGAUGACACGGCCAGAACUCCCAUCGGUGGAGGUUUCCCCUGUCAUGGGCCCGUCCCAGGUGGCUCUGCGGGGCUUCCAGACCAGCGCUGUGAGCCGGGACAUCGACACAGCCGCCAAGUUCAUUGGAGCUGGCGCUGCCACCGUGGGGGUGGCGGGAUCCGGGGCCGGGAUCGGGACCGUGUUCGGCAGCCUUAUCAUUGGAUAUGCCAGGAACCCUUCUCUAAAGCAGCAGCUGUUCUCCUAUGCUAUCCUGGGCUUCGCCCUGUCUGAAGCCAUGGGCCUCUUCUGCUUGAUGGUUGCUUUCUUGAUCUUGUUUGCCAUGUAAAACGGGAAAUAAAGACCAUCUUUCACAUUAUGAAAUUCUAAACUACAGAUGAAUCUCCAUAUUUUAGGGUGGCUACCAAAAUCGUUCUGUGUAGGUGUCAUGAAAAUGUACAUUUUCCAAGUUUUUUUGUUCGGUUCUGUCACAAAAAACAUGUACUGUACAAAUGCAACCGAUUACAGAAUUAAAAUACAUGUCUUUGACUAUUUUAAA